AUGUUCUUCAAACAAUCACACAAGAGAUGAAAGAUUGAGCAAUGGUUCUUUCCAGAUUAGUUUUUGUGGCACUUUGGUACCUUCAUGCGCAUUCCCUGGACGACAUUGAAGCCGUGCUGGAUGAAGCAGCGUUCCAGGUACAAGAGAUUGCUAGGCAGGCCAUUUCAAAUCGGGAGAAUGCUUGCGGAUCUCUAUCCCAAUGUACAAUCGAAAAUUGCUCAAGGCACACUUGUAGACCGCAGUCCAGGGAUGAGAUCCAAUCUCUCUCGUGCGUCAAUGUGGGUCAUAAUCUAGAUUGCUCCACUCCCACUAAUGGGACAUGCCAGAACUUGAGCGUCUCGAGCAAGAGAUCAUACAUUAGGUUCUCUCCAUUUUUUAUCUGUCACAGAACUUCUUUGGGGUUUUCAACAGGCUCUCACCAUCGGCAUUGGAGAGUGACACUGAUGUUAAGAUUGCUAUGUGUGCCCAAAAGUCCCUGGAUCGUAAACUUCAACUCGCAUGGAAAAGCACCAGCAAAGUCUCUCAUGGCUGGGUUUUUUUUGGAGGCGCCGAAGGAUACUUGUACAUCUAUCCAGGCAGGGACUAUACCGACGACCAUCAAUGCAAACUCUAUGAUCCAAGGAAAAGGCCAUGACACAUCGUCGUCCAUGAGCAUUUCCAUCGGCCCUUUGUCAUCUCAAAGCCGCCUAGCAGUGGCCAAGGGGAUUCUGGACGAGCUUCUCGACACUCUUACCAAUGGGGACCAAGUAAUUGUGUCAGAUAUGAAUGGAGGCAAACCAUUUGGAGGAAAACCAGUCUCGGUUUCACUUGAGGGCUUAGAGACAUCCUUCGAUCAUGCUGGAAUCUCAGCUCUCAAAAACGCAAUAAGCAAUGCAAGAGCGGACAAAUUACAAACCGAUAUUAAGAAAGCAUUCGUCGGGGCUCUUGACUUCUUCAACUCAAGCUCAAACUUGAAUGUUAUACUCCUCUUAACAGAUGGCCAAUUUGCCAACCAUGUCAACCUGACGGAUUUGGAUCCAAUUUUCAAGCAGCUUAACGAGAAAAACGUUGUGGUUUUCGUGUACAGGAUUGGUUUCUACAUUUCCAACGAUGAAACUUUCCAGAGAAUGCAAUUCAGCCUCAACAUAAGCUUCGAAGCAGUAAAAGAUGAAACCAAUCCUCUCAUGAAGAUACGCAGCUACUUGGACUAUUUAGCUUGGCUCCGUUUCAGCAGUGUCAACAGAAAGCCAGUGUGGGUGCCAUUAUAUGCUGAUUCAGGUGGUCGCAAUGUUACAAGCUCGAUCUUGCCAGCUUUUGAUGCCACCCAACGAUUGAUCGGAGUUGCCUGCAUCGAUAUUGUCACCGACGAUCUCAUCAACAGCUUGGGUCUUGCAGUCGUUCAAGAGGCUGUCUCUAAGAGAAGCCCGGGUCCAUCUCUAGAGCAAAAACCUCUCACAUUGAAAAGUUCUCACCCAGUUCUAGAGGCAACCACAGGGUGUGAUUUUGCUGGUUCGCUGACUCCAAUCUGUCCAAGACAGGAGUUCUCCACACCAAUGGCUGACUUUAUAUGUUGCGGAGCAAACUGUUCUAGCAGUAACGUCACUGCGACUUCUUCUUUGGGAAAGCAUUACAGGAUUGGCGAGACAAUUGGUAUUAUUGUAGGAUCCAUGGCUGCUCUAGCUGUUGCUCUUGCUGGGAUUUACUAUGCUUGCUGGCGAACAAAGCCGUGCCCGGAUCCAACUCAAGGAUUGGAGGAACAAAACGGGGACGAUUGGGUGAUCCCGUCACGAAGGAUAAAAGCUAGAUCGGGACGAGGAGCUACCACCUCUUGAUCCCUUCAUGAAGGAUAACGGGAUGAGGAGUUACCACCUCUUGAUCUCAUCAAGGUUGCUAAGAUUUAAAGAUUUGUUUAAAUUUAUUUUCAUAAAACAAAUGUUACAAGAUUGAUUUGUGUAA